AUGAACAUGGCGCCGUACUCAGUGGCUGGGGACUCGAAGUUCCAUAAGACCUUGUACGAGGGUGUGACGACCGACGAGAAGAUAUCUGCCUACCUUGAGAAGUCGAAGUACUACAACGCUGGCUUCUGGAGCCUCGCCCCCUACCCUGACGACGCGGAGGAACUGCGCGACACGGUCGGCGCCAUUAUCAAAGAGAUUGAGGAGUACUUCUGGCCAAUGAAUACCACGGAAAAUCUGCCCUUCAUCUGUGUCGAUAAUGGAUACGCCGACUACAAAGAAGCUGCUAUGAUUGAUUGCCACUGGGAAGUAAUGCUCGAUGAUGACGACCGAAUGGAUGACGUUUACAAAACCAACAUUGAGGAACACCAGUUACUGGAGGAACGUAUCACUGACGCGUUUAUCAGCCAACCCGCCCGUGAAUUUCUACGCGUCCUCUUCGUGAGCGAGAACAAGUUCCGCGUGGUCCACUUUGACCGGAGUGGCGUCAAGUACUCCAUCGCCGCCAACCUGCACGACGACCCUCUCGACUUUGUGCGCCUUGUCGUCGGCUUGACCUCAUGCAAAGCUGACCUUAUUGGUUUCGAUACGAGCUUGGUUUUCAAUAAGCGUGAUCCUGAGAUCUUGGUUCAGCCUGCGGACGCGAUGGCCCCUUCAGUCUAUAUCAUCGAGAAAAUCAUCCCUCCGGGCGACAACGCUGAUAUCUACUGGCAGACACCAUUCAUCUUCUUCGCACAUACACCCGAUGGAAAGAAAGUCGUCGUCAAGGAGUUUUGGUUUGACGGACUCUGUUUUUGCGAUCCUGAACCCCGGCUCCUUGCAGAAGCACUAGGUCUCAAGGGUGUGGUGCAGAUGAUUGAGUAUCAGGUUGUUGCUGCGACCACGGACUUCCGGGGCCCCCUUGUAGAGGAAGAACAAUCUCACUAUGGGUUCCAGAAGAGGACUAAGCUUAGAAUGGUUCUCGAACAAUAUGGCAGUGACAUUCACUAUUUCGAGUCGAAGAUGGACUUGCUUACUGCGUUUUACGAUGCCAUUAAAGGGCAUAUGAGACUUUAUCUGAGAAAGGGUAUCUUGCACAGAGACAUCAGCGUCGGAAAUAUCUUACUUGGCCUUAAAGGCUCUCGUUCGCGCAAAGGAUUCCGGGGGGUAUUGAUUGACCUAGACAAAGCCAUUUACAUCUACGGCCACAAACCAGGGGAACUCAAAUUCGCGGUAGUGGGAACCAUUCCAUACCAAUCGGUUUUCGUGCAGGCAAGGGCGUUCCUUUCCUGCACAGAGCACCCCAACGCGUUCAGCAACCACGAUCACUUGGACGACCUCCAAUCUUUCUUCUGGGUUUUCCUCUACAUCGUCAUCGGAUUCACAGCUCCUGGCAGGUUUCGUUCUGGCUUGACUGCUUCUCUCCCUCUAAAGAUGGACUCCAUGUUCGAAGAAUCCAACGAACGCGCACACGACGCAAAGUCUCUGUUGCUCCGAGAGGACAUUUAUACCCGCGAGACAGUUGAGAGCCACGUUCCGGAAUUCUGGGGACCUAUCAUCAAGAACUUGCUGGCCGAGUUUCGAGCGUGGACGAUCGAGAUGUACAAUCUCAAGUUUCGGGUCUUGCACAACUUUGGGACGAGUAUGACGAAGGAGCAACUUAUGACUCGAGCCAAGGAGCACUAUACGGCUGUCCUCAAGAUGUUCGAGAACGCGAUUGAAGAGCUGGAAGUCGAAGAGCAGAUCGAGGCCGUGGAGUCGGAGGAAGAGCUGGACGAUGACCUUGACUCUGUACUGGGUAAGAGGGAUCCUUCGAGCGACCCUGUCUCUCCGAACAGCAAACCUGCACCAAAGAAGGCUCGAGCCGACGAGCCAGCCGUUCAUUAG